UCUACAGUUAACAUCAGUGAAUUUGCGGAACGCCAACUAUAAACUGAUGCCAGCGAACUAGCGUACGGAUAGGCUACGUAUUUCGGUCACAGACUGCUUACGUGCGAUCUCAGUAAUAACAGAGACACGUUGAAUGAAAGAGAAUAACAUCGCCUGGCGGUGUCACUGUCUGCUCUGUCUCCGAACAUCCUCUACGGCUCCAAACAAUGUCUCAGCCCUCGUGCCAGUCGCAAGAUGACAGUUUGUACGGCUCCUGGGUGGAGCUGGAAGGGCUCCCUGCUGUGCUAACCACAGGGCUACAGAGCACAGCUUCCUCAUUCCUGCAGGGGGAGCUAGAGAGCAUGCUGCAGGAAGCACAGCUAGAGUGUGAGAGGAGCAGCCACACAGACAGCCCUCCCCAGGAUACAUCCGGUACCCCCCGGACAGCCAGCCUGGACAACUGCAGUAAAGACUGCAUGACACAGGAGGAUAAGGGCCAGGACAGUAACGAAUCGGAGAGGAGAGUCAAUCCAGAAUGGCUGCAGAACUGGGCCAGUCAUCCUGAAAAUCAACCGCCCAAGGACGUUGUGUUUCAGCGGCUGAAGCAGUCAGCUUCCCUCAGCAUGAGGAGGAGUGUGAUGAUGAAGAGUGGACUCUUCACUUCUGACCUCCCUCUGUUCCUCAUCCCAUCCUUACUAACCUCUCACCUGCUGACCCUGGGAUUGGGGAUUUAUAUAGGAAAACGAUUGGCUGCAUCCACCAGCACACUCUGACAUGUGAUCUGGUGCAGCCCUCCCUUUUGCUGACACCAAAUCCAAUAGGAUCACAGCCAACAGGAUCAUGAUUACCAUUUCCUCCUUCCACUCCUAGUUUUUGGGAGUCACAGGAAACCGGCAUGUUUAAAUGUUUGUGACCUUCUUUCUCCUUCUGUUGGUGUGGAUAUCUGUUUAUCCAUCCCUCGCCUCUAUUCUCAGGUUUUUCUGCUCCGUAUGUCUCUGCCCUGCAGUGCUGAAUAGAAAGGAAUUCCACUUUCACAGUAGGAACAGGAGUGGAACCAGAGUAAACCAGGAGCACAGAACAGAGCAUCGUAGCAUGUGAUGGUAGGCAAGAACCGGGAGGAGAA